UCACUCCCCACAAGCGCCCCCCACAUUGUCCCAGCUCGCAUGGGGGCCUCAUGCGUGUCCAGCUCAAGCCCCGUUAAAAAAACCUAAGCAAUAAGCACACAGAUUAAACUAAACCAGUCUCGCAGGGCAGGGCAUGAGUGGGAAGAGAAACGGAGGAGAAGAGUGCUGCUCAAUCCAGCCUCCACGCAGCGGCGAGGGAGAUCUUUGAAAUCUCCUCCCCAAAUCUCCCGCAUUGCUCGAAACCCGCGGCUUCGCUGCCCCGCCCGCCCGAUUCCGGUGCAGAUAUCCGUCGCCUCUGAUCCGGAUUGGCCUGGCUGCGGCUUUGCUCCGUUGAGCCCUUGGCAGCACGUCGCUGAUCCACCAACCGCGUCCUGCCGGAGAGAAUGCCGGUAUCCUACUUCCCUUGAGGGGAAAGCCUGGACGACUGGUGCUUCCUUCAAAUCUGUUACUUCAUCUCUGGCUCUUCAGUUAUGACAGCUAUGGUUAAAGGGUGUGCUGGUCCUAGUGAACUUCACCUAAAGAAGGAACUUACUGCCUUGCGAAAGGCCCGGUUCUUGCGUGAUCCUGAGACAUGCUCAUCCUGGAGGGGCCCAAUGAGUUCUAGAUCAUGCAUGACAACUUCUAGUAUUAUAAAUCACAAUGAGAUCGUUGGUAAUUUGACACAAAAGAAUAUGGAGCCAGCAGUUGUGCCUCCAAAAAGUGAAAAGAAAAGAAAAAAUGUUUAUCUCUACAAUUGGAGGCAACAUUCUAACAAAUCUAGUGAAAGUGGGAUGAAGUUUGAUGAGGGUGAAAGACAAGCCUCAGCAGACUGGGGCCUGGAAAGCCCAUGCAUUUCUAAUGUUAUGGAUUCUAGGAGUGACAUAUGUUUGGAAGUUCCUGUCAGCAUAUAUAGUGUCCAAGGCUCGAACUCAGGCACUCCUGUUAGAAGAACUGUUAGAAGGGUGAAGAGGAGUUCAUUCUCGAAGAAGGGAGCAAUGAGAAAUUCAACAGUUUCAAAGUUGCUAGAUCUCCAUGUUAACUCUGGUGAGCAGUCUGAGGAUACUGAGACUUACUCAGAGGAUAAUGAGUUGCUUCAGAAGGGAGGCUACUUUUCUCGCUCUACAUCACCGCUAUUUGCUGCCUCUGGAUGCCUCAGCUCAUCAAAUCCCUCUAAGCUGCUGAAAAUGGCAAGAAGAGAAGGGUCUUCCUUUUCUUGCACCCCAGUCUCCACUAGCUCUUAUUACAGGUACAGAGGUAGGAAUCCCAGCACUGUUGGUUCAUGGGAUGCAACAACUGCUGCUUCAAUUGAUGAAGACGGGCUGAACCAAUCUGCACAGUCAAGAAGUCAAAGGUUUGGUCUCCCAUAUUGGUCAAAGAGGAGUAAACAUAAAGGAUCUGAAAGAAGUUGUUCUCCUUCACUAUCUGAUACUCUUAGAAGAAAAGGCAGCAGCCUGUUGUGUGGAAGUCAGACAAUUCACAGAAGGAAGAGAUCAUCUGGCUCCAAUAGAUGCGGAUAUCUUAAAAAAUCUUCCCAGGGUGAGCCACUCCUUGGUGAUAGUUGCCAUUUUUCGUAUUCAUCAUUUGAUUCAGCAAGCGAUGGAGUUUCAACCAUAUUCGGAGAGUUAGAUCUAGAAGCUUUGAGCCGGUUGGAUGGCAGAAGGUGGUCAAGCUGUAAAAGCCAGGAUGGGAUUGCUCUGCCUGUUAGUGGAUCUGAUCUUGCAGUUUCAGACAAGAGAAGCUUGAGCCAGAAAUACCGGCCAAGGUCAUAUCAUGAAAUAGUUGGUCAAAAUUUUGUGAUACAAUCACUUACUAAUGCCAUCAUAAGGGAAAGGAUAGCUCCAGCAUACCUGUUUCAUGGUCCCCGUGGGACUGGAAAGACUUCUGUUGCGAGAAUAUUUUCAGCAGCUUUAAGUUGCGUUGCUAAUGGAGAGAAUAAGCCCUGUGGGAUCUGCACGGAGUGUACUGACUUUUUUACUGGAAAUGGAACUAAUCUAAUUGAAGUUGAUGCUAGCAAUAGAAAAGGUAUAAACAGAAUUAGGCAGUUGAUUGAAAAUAUACCAGCAUCCGCAACUUCUUCACGAUACAAGGUGUUUGUUGUUGAUGAAUGUCAUAUGGUAUCUUCUAAAGUCUGGUCAGCCUUCAUGAAAUUUCUUGAUGAACCACUACCUCGUGUUGUCUUUAUAUUCAUAACAAUAGACCCUGAAAACAUCCCUCGUGCUGUCAUAUCACGUUGUCAGAAAUACAUGUUUUCCAAGAUCAAAGAUAUUGACAUAGUAUGUCGGUUGAGGAAAAUUGCUGUAAAGGAAAAUCUUGAUAUCGAAUUGGCAGCUUUAGAUUUGAUAGCGCUAAAUUCUGAUGGAUCGCUAAGAGAUGCAGAGACAAUGUUAGAUCAGCUGAGUUUACUGGGCAAGAAGAUAACACCUUCACUUGUAAAUGAUCUGGUUGGGGUUGUUUCAGAGGAGAAAUUACUUGAUCUUUUAGAAAUAGCCAUGUCAUCAGACACUGCCGAAACAGUCAAAAGGUCCAGAGAGCUGAUGGACUCUGGUGUUGAUCCCAUGGCAUUAAUGUCCCAAUUAGCUGGGCUCAUAAUGGACAUCAUUGCUGGGACCUAUAGGUUAGCUGACCCUACAUGCGGUGAAGGAAUUGGUGGUCGUAACAUAACUGAUGCCGAGUUGGAAAGAUUGCAACAAGCAUUGAAGAUUCUUUCUGAUGCUGAGAAGCAGAUAAGACUUUCCAGUGAGCGUGCCACAUGGUUCACUGCAGCUUUACUCCAGCUCGGUUCUGGUCAUGAUUCAGAAGUAACCCAGUCAAGAAGUAGCAGUAAAAAAAGUGCUAAAACAACAAGUGAUGCCGUGUUGGAAGCAGUUAGAGAAUCCUCUGCUAGCAGGACGACAUCUCAUCCUUUAUUCACUAUUCGCGGUUCAAGGAGAACAGCCAGUGGGCACUCCACUCCUCAUGGCCUUGCUUCAUCAUCUUCCAGGCUGAGGCCCAAUGAAAACUUAAUUUAUGGAGAAUCGAGAUCUGCUGAUAGAGUCUUACCAGAUUCUGCUCAAACAAGUAAUUCUGAUGAUCAGCCUAUAAUUAUUGGAAGCUCAGAUAACCUUGUCAAAAUUUGGAGAAACUGCAUAGAGAAGUGUCACUCUAAGACAUUGCAGCAGCUACUAUCUGAUCACGGGAAACUAGCAUCCAUCAAAGAAUGUGAAGGCUAUUUACUUGCUUUCAUAGCAUUUGAGGACAGUACAAUAAAGUCUCGAGCUCAAAGAUUUGUAAGCAGCAUUAGAAAUUCAAUGGAAACAGUACUGAGAUGCAAUGUCGAAGUCAUAGUCGGGUUAAUGCCAGAGUUUCUUGCUAGUCGACUCAAGCUUGAGGUGGGCAUGGAUGAAAAAGUUGAGUCUGAUGUCUUGAGUUGCUUGACUAACAGUGAACGACGAAAGGAAAUUCUGAACCCACCAAGAUGUUCAGGUUAUUCUGAAGAGAUCGAAAAAAAUCUGGAGAAAUGCAGCAGUGCUUCAGCUGCCGGUGGAGAGUUUCGGCGAGACAUAACUGAAGGAAAUACAGAAAUGCGUAGAACUAGAGGGCAAGAAGUUCUUGUUGGACGGUCAAAACCAGUAACUAUCGAGGAGCAAAGGUUAGAGAGUGCAUGGCUCGAAGCUGUUGAGAAACAUACACCCGGAGUCAGGCCUGAGAAAAAUCAAGUUGUGCCACAGAUUGGUGGUGGUCAGUACCACAGGAAGUCCUCAAUGGCCACUGUGGUGCCCUCGAGGAAUAUUGACAAGGACUUGAGUAAUGGAUUGAAAGCUUUAAAGAUCAGCGACAGUCAUGGUCCACAGAAAGGCCAGAAUGUGCAGAUAGAGAAUGGGUUUGUGAUUUCACCAAGCCUCUUGCACAGCAAUAAUGAGUCGGCAAAUUGUGACAACGAGAGUGUGGUCUCCGAGUCUGGAGCACCAGGUUGCCAUGGCCUCUUCCCCUGCUGGAAAACUGACAAAUCAAAAAGAAACAAGGCAAAACGACAGACUCGUUUGAAGCCAUCUUAAUCAGGGACUUCUUUAAACUAUUGUUGCUUGGGAUGUCGAAAAUGGUUACAAAAUUUAGAACGCAAGAUAGCCAAUCGUCAUAAGUCAUGUUUGCAACCUCUAGUCCAGAACCGAGCCAGGCCUGAUGACGCGAGAUGGCGGCUUCGUCGAUACAGUAACUUGGUAGAGCUCAAAGUUGGUCACUGAGCGAAACCGGCCAUGGGAAUGCAGAGUCAACAAAUUUGUAAUCUGAUCAAUUUAUGCUUCUUAUAGAGAAGUUUGGAUGUGUAAUCGUCCCUUGCCCAGCACUAAUGAGUUGAUCGGACAGACUUAUUCUAGGUUUCUAGUGCAUCAUUUCUUGUCGAUAGUUACUCUUACAUUUAUGUUUUUGACAGCAGCAUUUCUUCAGUCAUUACACAUCAUUUUGGUUACCGUACCAAUCAUUUUUUCUUGUCAAAUAACAAAGGGAAAGUGAGUAGCUUAUGCUACCAAUUUAUUGUUACAUGUUGCUA